AUGGCAUCAUCUAUUGCGAUACGCAGUUACUACGUGAAACGAAAAUCUGAAAAACAAAAAUGUCUGAACGUGGUAAAGGUAACAAAGUCCCGCUCGAAUCGUGCCGGUCUUCAGUUCGUUGUGGGCCGAAUUCAUCGCCUGCUGAGGAAAGGAAACCACGCCGAAUGUGUUGGAGCCGGAGCACCCGUCUAUCUGGCGGCUGUGAUGGAAUACUUCGCUGUUGAAGUGUUGGAAUUGGUUGAGGAAUUCGUGGAGGAAAAGCUCAUCGGGUUACGUUUCUAUUCUGAAAAACUUGGCAACGAUUCUGGUAACGAUGAUACUAAAGACCAGAUCGAUAUGGUCUGCGAAUAUUCGGAUCUGUUGAACGAGGAAUACUCUCCAGAGAACGUGGAAGUUGAUGACAAAUUUCUGUUUCUGUGCAGAAUUAUAGCGCAAAAUGUCCAUAUUUUGAAGGAACGGUUGAAAUCUAUGUACGGCGUGCUGCCCUGGGAAGAAAUGGAAUUUUGCGUGUGCGCAUUUGUGUCGUCUCAUACCAAACAACAAGAAAUCAAUUUUUUCUACAACUCGGUCCUGAACAAAACAAGAUUAUUGAAUCAUAUGAAAAUUUUCCAACGGGUCAUAAAAGAACUGAAAACAUUUGCGGGUCAAGCUGGUCGAAACCGCGAUGAAAACAUAAAAGAUAUCCUAGCUUUGAAUCCGGACUUCGAAGGGCUGUAUUCAGAUUAUGGUCAAAUCAAAGAUAUUUACUCAUUAGAACGAAUCAAGUACUACGUCGAACUAGCUCUAACCGAUAUAGAGGAUGACAGCCUGCACUGUCUUGCUUCCGAAAGAGCUCUACAGGUCAUGGGUGAAUACCUGAAGAACACUCCGGUAUCUCCGCAUCUAUCGACGAAAUUGUCACACGCAAUAGUAGAUGAUAAGUAUGUAUACGAAAAACGGGCGGAAGCUCGUCGGUUGAAAUUGAGUUUUAGAGAGGGAUUGAUGCAACUUAUUAAUUUCAUUCAAGAUGUCAUUCUCGAUAGGAAACAGCAAUUGUUAGUAAUGAUUCUUAAAUCACUGGCUGGUAAUGAGCAGUCUUCUUUUAAGCAGGCUAAACUGAUUCGAAUUUUAAAAAAUGUAGAUUUAGAGCAGGUUGAUAUACAGCGGUAUAGUUCAAAAGAAGAUCUGGUGUACAAGAUACAGGAAACUGUUGCAUCGGCAGAAGUGAAUGCUACUGUUACUCACACAAGAUACGUUUCGUCGUUGCAGCAUUUAAUAGGACACUUAAAUACUUCUUCUGUUUUGGACGUGAACGAUUUGUUGAUGGAGAUCGAAGAAGAUACUACAAUAUUCGAUUCCGCUGCAGAGGAAAAUAACCUUGACAUGGUGCUUAAGUAUAUUAAAGAUGGAGCUGAUGAAAACGCAAAAGAUUUUAACCACUGGAACUUUCUUCAUUACGCUGCCAGAGGUGGUAGUUUAGAUAUUUUUCAAGAUUUUCACAAUAAAGACCUACUUCAGGCCGAAAACCGGGAAGGUAACCAGCCAAUACCCAUUGCGGCUGAAUGUGGAAGUUCGAGAGUUAUAAAUUUUCUCAUACAGGAUGCCACAGUACAAAAAUAUAAUUUAAUCGAUGUAACACAAAAACAUGGUUGGACACCAUUACAUUUUGCUGCACGAACGGGUCGCAUCGAAGUGGUUAACGCUCUACUGACUAAAGGUGCUAAUGUUGACGCAACGGAAAAUGAAAGUUGGACACCAUUGCACAUUGCAGUGCUCUAUGGUCAAACCAAAGUGGUUAGCGCUUUACUGACUAAAUGUGUCUCAAUCAAUGCCAGAACUGAUGAGGGUUUUUCGCCAUUGCACAUUGCAGCGCAAAAUAGUCACACCGAAAUGAUUUACAUUUUACUGGCUAAAGGUGCCACGGUUGAUGCUAGGGAAAAUAAAAAGUGGACACCGUUGCACUUUGCUGCAAAAAAUGGUCACACCAAAGUGGUUGACACUUUACUUUCAAAAUGUGCCUCAAUUGAUGCUAUGACUGCUAUGGAUUUUACACCGUUGCACUUUGCAGCACAAAAUGGUCAUAUCAAAGUGGUUAACACUUUACUGACCAAUUGUGCCUCAAGCGAUGUUACGACUGUUGACGGUUUUACGCCAUUGCACAUUGCAGCACAAAAUGGGCACACGGAAGUGGUUAACACUUUACUGCGCAAUGGUGCUAAAGUCGAUGCAAGGGAAUUUAAAGAGCGGACAGCUUUGCACUUUGCAGCACAAAAAGGGCACAUCGAAGUGUUUAACACUUUACUGAACAAUUGUGCCUCAAUUGAUGCUCAAACUAUUGAGGGUUUUGCGCCACUGCAUUUAGCAGCACAAAAUGGUCACUCGAAAGUGGUAAACACUUUACUAGCAAAAUGUAAAUGUGCCUCAAUCGAUGUUUUAACUAAUGAUGGUUUUACGCCACUGCACUUCGCAGCACAAAAUGGUCACACCGAAGUGAGUAACACUUUACUGACGAAAGGUGCUAAAGUCGACGCUAAAGAAUUUAGAAAUUGGACAGCAUUGCACUUUGCGGCACAAAAUGGUCAUACCAAAGUUGUUAACACUUUACUAACUAGAAGUACCUUAAUUAAUGCUACAACUAAUCAGGGGUUCACAUCAUUGCACGCGAGAAAUGGUCACACCGAAGUAGUUAGCGCUUUACUGUCCAAAUGUGCUGCGGUCGAUGCUACGGGAUUAAAUAGUUGGACACCGUUGCAUUUUGCAGCACUAAGUGGUCACACCAAAGUGAUUAACACUUUACUCACCUACAGUGCUAAUGUCGAUGCUACGGGAACAGAUAGCAAUACACCAUUACACUUAGCAGCAGUUCAUGACCACAUCGAAGUGGUUAACAUUUUACUGACAAAUAGUGCCUCAAUCGAUGCUACAAACAAAUGGUGUUAUACGCCAUUGCACAAUGCAGCGUAUCGUGGUCACACCGAAGUGGUUAACGCUUUACUGGCUAGAGGUGCUAACGUUAAUGCCAAAACUAUAAAAGGAGCUUCGUCGUUGCACUUGGCUGCUCAAAGUGGUCACAUCGAUGCGGUUAAAAGUUUGCUGAAAAGUGGUGCUGAUGUUAAUGUUGCGGACAAUAACAGUACGACACCAUUGCAUACAGCAGCACAACAUGGGCACACCGAAGUCGUUAACAUCUUACUGUCUAAAGUUGAUAAUGUUGAUGCCAUAGGAAAUGACGGUUACACACCAUUGCACUAUGCAGCAAACAAUGGUCACACAGAAGUGAUUGACACUUUAUUGACAAAUUGUGCCUCAAUUGACGCAAAAAAUGAUGAGGGUUUAACGCCAUUGCACUUUGCAGCACUAAACGGUCACAAGAGAGUGGUAAACGCUUUACUGACUAAAUGUGCCUCACCCGACACUAAAACUAAUGAGGGUUAUGCGCCAUUGCACUUUGCAGCACACAAUGGUCACACGAAUGUGGUAAAAGCCUUACUGACCAAAUGUACCUCAAUCGAUGCCAGAACUAAUAACGGCUAUACGCCAUUGCACUUUGCAACAAUAAGCGGUCACACAAAAGUGGUCAAAACUUUACUGGCAAAAGGCGCUAAUGUUAAUUCAACACAAAACGACAAUUGGACACUAUUGCACACCGCAGCACAAAACGGGCACACCAAAAUUGUUAACACUUUACUGACAAAAGGUGCCCAUGUUAAUGCAACGGAAAUUGACAGUUGGACACCACUGCACAUUGCAGCACAAGGCGGUCACACCGAAGUGGUUAACGCUUUACUGGCCAAAUGUGCAUCGAUCGAAGCCGCAACCGAUGAUGGUCUUACGCCAUUGCACAUUGCAACACAAAAUGGUCACGCUGCAGUGGUGAACACGUUACUGACCAAAGGUGCUAAUGUACAAGCUACGGAAAUUGGUAGUUCAACAGCAUUGCACAUUGCAGCGCACAAUGGACACAUCGAAGUGGUUAACACUUUACUGAGCAAAGGUGCCCCAAUCGAUGCUACAACUGAUGAAGGUUUUACGCCAUUGUACAUUGCAGCACAAAAUGGUCACAUUGAAUUGGUUAGCACAUUACUGGCUGAAGGUGCUAGCGUUGGUGCUACGGAGAAUAACAGUUGGACCCCUCUGCACACUGCAGCAAAAAAUGGUAACACACAGGUGGUUAACACUUUAUUGACUAAUUGUGCCUCAAUAGAUGCAACAACUGAUGAAGGGUUUACGCCACUGCACUAUGCAGCGGUAAAUGGUCACAACGAUGUGGUUAACACUUUACUGGACAAAGGUGCCGAAAUUAAUGCAAUGCUAUUUAGCGAGACCCUCGAGGCAGUUGAAAUGUUGACGGUCGAGACAAUAGACAUCGUGGAAACCUGGAUGGCUGAUGUGAAGUUGAAGCUGACUCACCACAAGACGGAGGUACACAACAAUCGUAAAAAAAUCCUGCGUGUCGUGCUCAACGUCGGCGGACACUCAAUUCCGUUAAUGCGUGCGCUGAGGCCGCUGGGUGUGAUGGUCGCCGAUCGGUUAAAUUACAUCAACCAUGUCGACUAUGCAUAG